AUGGAUCUAGCUAAAGAAUCACGCACGCUGACAGAAAGCCCCCCCAAAGCCCCGAGAAGGUUUCAGACAUAUUUCCCGCUUUUUUUGAGUGCAGCGGUGUUGCUGCUCUCUGUGUUUCUCGCGGGUCAGCACCAUUUCUCCCUUCCACGUCCGUCCCCCCCCGAAUCUCCCCCAGAUGCAUUCAGCGAAGGUCGUGCGCGCUUGCUCCUGCAGGCAGCGAAUCGCAGCGUGCGCACGGUAGGCAGCUGUGACAACGAAGUCUCAGCGCCUUUGUUGCUGCACGCCGCUGUGCUCCACCAGAUCCUCAUGUUAUCACCCUCCCCUUCCACCGCGACAAGCGGAGCCGCAUCAGGGCUGGCAACGGGCGUGGGAUCAGAGAUGCAGGCCGCCAUUGCACGCUUGCGCUACGUGGUGCUCGUGACACAUCACCUGCGGCGCGAAGCGGCCACUGAUGCAUCACCAACCCCUGCAGCAGGAGCAGCUGCUGAUGCUGAUGAGGACGACCCUGCAAAGCCUCACCGCGUAAGGCCCUCCGGCCAGCUGACCGACUUAGAAACCUGCCUCUGUGGUGCAGAGCACCAGCAGCUGCUGCUCCUGCAGCAAAAGCAGCACCACUCGAAGGCAGCAGCGGCAGCUGCAGCCAUGAGCUUGCACGAAAUCCUGCUGAAGCAGGCACAGCAACAGGAUCUUCCCCCCCCCUGCAUGACGCACGCGCUGCAGGCGAAGUGUGCGGCAGUUCUGUCGCGCUCAGGGGUCCACGACUUUUUCUCGCCCUCCGGAGGCGCAGCCGCUGCCGCAGCGUUUGCUAUUGGACGCGCAACAGAAGCACCAGCAGAAGAACUGCCGUGUCUGGACAGCCCGCGCCUGGUAGAUCCCGAUCUCCCCGAUUUCCUUCCGGGCACCCUCAUUCCCAAGUUUCAGUGCAUCAGCGUCACAAGGCACAUCUUAGCACCCCCCUCUACCGUUUCUGCCCUUAUAGGACUCUUCUUGCGCGAAAGGCAGCAGAAAGCGGAGGAGCAGCAGCACGAGGGAACUGGCCGUUCUUUCGAGGCCGCCCUGGAUGAAGCAGCGCUCAUAGGCUCCCACCAGUUGCUAAUGUAUCUGGAAGACAUCUCAAAAAGCGAAAGAGACAGCCAUGUUGCCGCGGCAGCCGCAGCGGCUACAACGGCUGCAGCGGCGGGAGUGCCCGUGCUGGAAUAUCUCAGCAAAAACCACCUUUUGUCAGCAGAUGUCAGCCUCUGGGGAGGCGCUGCUGGAGGCUUCACGCUCACCUACGCGGGAAGCAGUCGCACGGCCCUGUAUGAGGGUCCAAAAAACAUCACAGUGGAUUUCAGGCCAGUCGGUUCAAGGCAGUCCAUGCAUGCCAAUUCACAAGGCACCAAGCAAACAUCAGGGCAGGCGCUGAUGCUCGCAGCGCAUUAUGACUCGGCUCCGUCCUCACCCGGCAUAAGCGAUGACCUCGGCAUGUGUGCAGUGGCUCUUGAGGUGGCACGGGCCGCGGUGUACAGACACCUCCGCGCCGCCCAUGCACUGCAGCUGCGGCAUUGGGGGUUUUCGCACCACGCUGAAGAAGGGCUGGAAGACGCGCUGCUUCAGUCACCUCUAAUUCUUAAUCUCAAUGGUGCUGAGGAGGUCAUUCUGUUGGCGGCGCAUGCAUUCGCCACGCAGCACCCCCUGGCCCGUCAGGUUUCUCUUGCGGUUAACUUAGAGGCGGCGGGAUCUCGAGGGAAAUCCUUCGUCUUGCAGAUGCCACCACGCCUGUCUGCAGAGACUCUCCAGGCCGUCGGUAACCUCCCCGCCCCUCAUGUCUGCUGCAUUGCCGCAGACGUCUGGAAUUCUGGGCAGUUUCCCGGAGAGACCGACUUCCGAAUAUGGUCCGAAGUGCUGCAAGUGCCGGGAGGUCUUGAUUUGGCAUGGAUCGGAGGGGGAGCCAGUUACCACACGACCAGAGAUACUCUGGAAAGCAUGCAGCCUGGAUCGCUUCAGCACACUGGCGAGAUGAUCCUCGCCUUGUUGCACCCUCUGCUGCGUAUAGCGGCUAAGGCGCGCAGUGGCUUGGCGGCAGCAAGCGAUGCACGCCACCAGGCAGCCCCUCGCGUCCCCUUCUAUCAGGACGUCUUGGGCAGACAGCUACUCGUAAUCCCUUGGGAAGCCUUUGUACCGCUGGCGGCCCUUGCGCUGCUGCUGCUGCUGCUAUGUGCCUUCCUGCAACGCAGCGUCUUGGGGGUCCAAACGUCUGCACCGCUCAUAAUGCUUGGGAGCUUGACGUUUGGAUGCAGCUGUCUUGCUGCAUUGUGUGCUGCCUGCUGCGGCUCGGCGCUCGGUGCCCUGCUGCUGCAGCUGUACGGCCUCCUUUAUGUACACUGGCCGCCUACAGCCGCUUGCCGAUGCCUCCUAGGGUUUGCUGCAUUUCUUUGGUGCUGGAACAGGACCUUCUUCCGCAAGCUGAGAAGCCGCUUUUCGUUUGAUCGACAGCCCCUUCUAUGUGCCCAUGCAGCGCGGGAGGUGCCCCUCGUAACACUCCUGACUCUCUCAGUUGCCGCUUACAGUAUACAACUCUUUGUUUCGUUUUACGUGCUCCUGUUGGUCUUGGGUCUGCUGGUGCCUCGAGUCGCCCUCCUGCUCUUUUGGUAUAUUUACCCAGCCAACCAGAACAACGAAAACAGCUCUCAUAGAGUAACCCUCAAGAGGGGCUGCUUGUUGCUGGCAGUUGACGCAGUCGGCGCCGCUGUCCCGUCUACCCUCCUCUUUCAGGCCUAUCUAGCGCUUCUGGAUGGCCUCAGCGGGCCGGCUGGACGCAGUGGCGAGUCUUUACUUUUCGCGGACGUGCUCCUAAUUUUAGGAGUGCUGUUGCCUGUGUGGCUAUUGCUGCCAGCCGUCCUAUGUCCUCCGCUCUUUCACGCGAGCCACGCAGAAGCGCGGCGGCGAAACUCGGAUCCAUCGUCGGCUCGGCUUGCUCAGGGGCUCCAGCGGGAAAUGCGCGUCACUAGGAAACUCUGGAUGCUGGCAGCUGCUGUGGCGGCUGCUGGAGUGUCCUUCGCUGUCUCUGUUUUCUUGCUCGAGGCGCCUGCUGUCCCUCUACCACUGCACUUCGGACGGACGGAGAGCUCUCCGUCGGUCCCGCCCUACAGUGGAGAGGUUUCCAUCGGCAUUCAGGAUCCACACGGCACUGCCUCGGCACUGCCUCCUCAGCAAAGGCUGCUGCAGCCGUUCAGCUUAUUCGGCGCUCGUGCCCGAUCUCUCCUUGGCUUGCUUCCGGAGAGCCUCCAGCGGCUCCUUCUACCUUCCCCCUCCUUCCCUUUCUCCCCUGAGCGGCCGCUGCAGCUGCACUUUGUUGCGUUCCGGCAGUCGAAAGUCACAGCUGUCGCGCUCCUGCAGCAGAGCAGCAGCCCUCCCGGGACUGCAGCGCAGGUCGUGAAGGACAGCAGCACCUUAUCUACGGGCACUGCAGAAGAAUCACCGGUAGUAGAACCAACCACAGAAGCAAGCCAGUCACAGUUUCCUCCAGAGGUGCAACCCCUAACAACGACCAAUCAUACGGAAAAGCUCGUGCGGUCCUCAACCCAAGGCGUGGCGGUCUUAGGCUUAGGCCCCCAAGUCUUUUGGAAUCCGGCAGCAGCAGACACGGACCUUGUCCUCUCUGCCAUCCGUGCUGCAGUAGAAGCAGCGGAAGCGACAGCAGCUCAGCCAGCAAGCGCGGGGGAUGCAGACAAAGGCUUUCGGCCCGCGCAUGCAGCCUCAUCCCAACAUGAAUCCGAUACUGCCAGUCGUGGAGAUGUAUGCACCAGCCAAAGCUCCAUACUUCCCAACGCCGAGCAAACGAAUGCCCUUUCCUUGGCUGCAGAAAGCCUGCCUGCAUUUUACGUGAAGGAAGAACCACCGAGGCAGGACGCACCUCUGGCCCUCCCACACCUCUUUCGCAUGAGUACACAUCGCACUCACUGGAGUGUCUAUACGAAUGCGCAGGAAUUUCUUCCACCGCCUGCUCCUCUGGGUAAUGAAGGAGCUCCUCACGUGUACAGUCCGGGCAUCCGAGGCCAAGUGGCAAUACACUACAAUGACGCGCAAGAUGAGACGCGCCUCACGCUGCUCAUCGGGGGGUCCUCCUUGUUGACUCUUGCCCUCCCGGCGGACAAGGUGGUUCGGUGGAAUUUGCAAAACCAGGCGCCUCUGCAGAAACUCAAAAAGUGCGAAUGUUAUGUCGUAACCAUCACAUCACCCUUCCCACCGGUGCAGACAAAACUCGAGUUCUUCUUCAAGGGAAACGAACCCGUGCGUUUCACAACGCGCUCUGCUGUGUUUGAUGCCGUCACCCCCAAUACUGGCUGUUUGCAGACGCCCCUCUUCAGGUCUGUGCAUUCUUACCUUCUUGGCCUACCCAUGAUAGAGCAGCCGAGGCUGCCGGCAAAGUCCGAUCUCAGCACAGCCGCCGCUGCAGCCGAGGCACGCACAGACAGCGCACCCAUGGGGGCAUCCAGUGGCUCUGGCGUCUUCUGGAAGACGCUGCUCGGUAAGCUACCGCCCCACAUUACUGCCGCGGGCAGCUAUGCAGACGCGGCUGAAUGGGUAUUGCCCGCUGCCCCCUUUUCAGCGGCUUUCGCUUUCGACUAA